AGCCAUUUUGGCUCAAGCACCUGCUUGAGUCAAAGGCCUCCUAGCGAACACGUGCGCGCCACAGAUCCGCACUUGUCAUUUGUUGCAAUGGUCACCCUAGCAAGACUCCAAUGGCUGGUGUAUCAGCUGACGCUGGGUCGCAAGGCCCACUUCGUCGUGAACACCCACACGAACAAGAUCGUGCUGCACAUUCGGUUGUUGAGCUAAUGCAGCAAUGAGAUGUCAAAUGGCUUCCUGGUGACGUGGCUCAUGCACCUGAUCGCCGAGCUCCCUAACAUUGUCGCUGCGGAUCAUGGACAUAAGAAUUCUGCUGGCGAGUGUAUUGUUUCGCUGGUUCUCCGCCCUGCUCCCGCUGGAGGUUUUCAUGCUGAUACUCAUGGCGGCGCUCGAGCUGAUCCUUGUGGAGCUCCUCCUGCUGAUGGCCUUGCUGAUCCUCACGGAGGUGCUGGUCCUCGUGGCAAUGGUGGUGCUAACACUCACGGGCGUGCUGAUCCUCAUGGCGGGGGUAGUGCUGCUCCUCCAGGCGCUGCUCAUGCCGCUCCCCACGAUGCCGCUCCUCGUGCUGUUCCUUCACGUCGUGCUCGUUUUGCUCUUCGUAGUAGUGAUCGUGCCGGUCCUUACACCGACCCUGCUGGUCGUCCUGCUGGCGUUCUUGCCGACCCUGCUGGUGAAGGUUGUGCCCGUGCCGCCCCCCAUGAAGUUGGCAGCGCCUGUCCUAGGGCUGUUCCUCGAGCUAGUCUUCAUGAUGUUGGUGGCGCUGAUCCUAGCGCCGCUCCGCAUGGCGCUCGUGUUUUCCGACGAUGCUAUUCAUAGUGCUGGUUCCCAUGGAGGGUGUCUGACCAACGCUCGGAGUGGCGACGGUCAUCGUGCGUUUCCCCUCCCGGGGAACGAGCCCGAGAGCGCCGGGGCAGACGCUGACCUCCCCGACGACGUCCUCGCAAUCAUGCGUGAAGCCGAUGAGUUCGACAAGACGUUCGACCCCGACCGAUUAUUCAAGUGACCUUUUGUGCUGCUCGGUGCUCGAUUUGACCUGUAAAGUUGCCGCUCCGCGCGAUGUGUCGAAUAACUCUGAUAGCCUUGCUAACAAUUGCGAUUCAGAGGACGCGCGG